AUCGGGAAAACAGUGAAGUAGAUGAGGGAGAACUUAUUUUGAACAGCAGUGUGAGAGACGGGGUUCAAGGUGGUGCCUUGGAGUGUGGAAAGAUGAUGCUUAAGGAACAAUGUAAAGAAAUGAGGGAACUGUAUGAAGAUCUCCUGAGAGGCAAUUCAAACCUUAGGAGAGAGAUUCGGUCUCUAGCUCAUUCAAAGGAUGAUGCCAGCAGUAAAUUGCUUGAGUUGGAAGAGGUUGGUAGACUGAAAAUAAAGGAGCUGCAAGCAUUAAAGAACCAUUUUAGAAUGCUACAAAAAGAGGAGUGCAUUCUGGCCAACCACCUGGAGGAUCUGACUGGCACAUUGCCACACUUAUCCCCGGAACACAUGAUACAAUGCCAGUUAGAGAUCAGUCAAGAAGCAUCUUCUCUGUUACAAGCCACCAACAAAAAGAUGCUGCAACAGACCACUGAUAAGCCACAAGCAGAAAAAAGUAGAGAAGAGAGGCAAGUAAAGGGGAAAGAGAAGAUGCAUUUAGAGGAAAAAAUGAUAAGGGUUGUUCCUCCCACAUUAGCUAAAACACAAAGGAAAGUAGAAAUAGCUGGAACUACAACAAUGAAGAGCAGCACAUAUCCUAUGUCACAACCUUGGGAACACUUAGAAGGGCCACUAAAAGGAGCUGGAUUGCAAAUGGAUGAAGCUGAAGAGAGAGUGACACCAGAAGAUGACAUUACAAGUAUCGUCACGGAAGACUAUGGUGAUUCUGAUGAAGAUUAUAGUGAGCCUUUGAAAGCAAUUGAGGACAUAGCCCAAGAAAAUGCAUACUCCUUAAUAAGGGCUAGAAAUAAUUACACUUCUUGGGAGAAAUUCUUAAAGUGGGAAAAGAAGGAUACAAUUAAUCUUCUACCAUCAGAAUUAUCAUUUGAAAAGGUCUCUUUUACUGAAGACAUGGAUGGAUAUGUGGCAUCUCUUUCCACCUUUAGGGCAAUAAAGUUUAAUAUAACCAGAAUAUACUUUUGGCCAUAUGGUAAAAAAAGUCACGUUCCUCUUAAAAAAUAUUUACACAAGAUGUAUUUGCCAGAAAGUCUGCUUUCAAAAUACCUAAAGGUGGCCUAUGGAGCUCACAUUAUUUCAGAAGGGGGGACCAACAUACUAAUCUCUCUCUGGCCAAAAAGCAAUUUAAGUGAUUUUGAACACCAGCAAAUAAUCAAGUUUGCACAUUUAGAAAUAUCAAAGUUCAUUGACAACCUCCGCAAGGCAUUUGCUGGCCUUGUGAUUAGCAGAGGAAAGCCUGGAUCAGCACUGUUUACUUCCAACACCAAAGAUAGUACUACUUUCAUAGUCUCAGCAGAAGAUGUUGAUACAGCACUUGGAAUGCUAGAUGAAGCUGUAAGGAUGGCCACCAAAAAAAUUCAAAGGGAUGAUCUUAUGCCCCUUCUGCUUGCCAUUAGAAUGGGACAAAAGGAAUCCAACUAUACAACCCUAACUAAUUUGUUAGAUUUAGAAAAGGUUACAAAGCUCUCUCUUCACUUGGCGAUCCAGCUGAAGCAUGCUGACUUCAUUUUGCUCUGGUCUAGAGGCGCAUUUACUUUUUCGAAGGCUUGUUCUCACAGACGGAAUUUUAUGGGUUUAGGAUUAAGCCAAGCUGCAAACUUCUCUUUCCAUGUAAAACCUGAACAUGGUGGCCUUUUUAACAUACUUCUUGCAGAUUCACAUGUGCGAGUCACUUUUUUACAGGCCUACCAUGCUCUGCCUCAUGCAAUGCCAACUAGCCAAGGGGCCCUAAACUUUGCAGUGAGCAAGCAAAUGCUGCUGCCUUACUUCAUGAGUUUGAGCCAAGGCUCCUGGGCAGAUCAAAUUAAAAACUUGGUUGACCAUCUUGUAGUGGGCCUUUCCAAGCCUUUUCCAAUCCGUCUGGAGGUAGUGGCAGAAGUGCCGAGCACAGCUUCUCUCUUCCGGUCACAAACAAGCAGCGCAUGGAAUAAAAAAACAUUGGAAAAGCUUUUCCUGGAGCAGAAAAUCAUCACUUGCAUUACAAAAGAGGGACUUAGUGUUAUUCUGGACAUGGCACGAUGGGCCAAAAAUAAUCUAAGGGAAGCAGAUAAAGUGGAAAAACAAUUAAUCCCAAGGCUGAAAAAAGCUGCGUCCAUAACAAUGGCAGAGAUUGUAGUACAAAUGUUAAUAUGGGGCCGUGUCAGGAGCUGGAGGUCUGGAAAAAUAAUGUCCAAUUUUGCAAUGAACUCAUCUGCCUUUAGAGGUUUCUUAGUAUUGAAGCCCAGUGAGGAGGUUCAAAUGACAAUCCCAUACUUGUCCUGGUUUGGAAGUGAGAAAUUGGCAAACUUACAAAAAUCCUUCAUUCAGAUGUUGAGGGUUUUUGGAGCAGCUCUACAGGAUGAAAAAUUAGGGGAGGCAUUCUCAGAAACUUUGGCCGAAGCUCUCAUUGAGGAUCUUGCUCGGAAUCUUCACUGA